AUGCAUAAUUCACCUGAAGAGAAAAGCACUCACUCUGGGUCUAACUCAAAUGAAAUGAGCAGCAAAGAAAUGACACCCUCUGAGGAAGUAGAUUCAGCAGCAGAUGAAAGAAACGAAGAUAAUUUCAAUUGGUUCGAAGACACAGCAGACUUCGGGUUUGAAGACGUAGAUGACCUGCCUAAGCAUAAAAGCAUAACUAAAACCAUAAGCAAGAGAAUUAUCCCAGCCACAGCUGUGCUAAUUGGACUGGGCAUUCUUUCCUUGGUCUUGCUCAAUUUCAUUCCCCUUAGGAUGCGGGAAGUGCACGGGUUUCUACUGAAGCACAUAAUUAUCCUUAUAAUUAUCCUUGCAUUCCUGCUGAUACUCACGAAGUUAGUCAUACACGGAGCAUAUAUCUUAUGCAGAGACAACAUAACAGACAAUAAUAUCCUGCAUAAUAAGAAGCUUAAGCUAAAGAUAGUAUUUGGCUGCUGGUUCUUUGAGAUGAUUCCAGUGGGCAUACAGAUAUCUGGAUAUAUCCCAUGGGCACGCACUAUACUUGAUAGAAUAUUCGUGUGUGGCUUCCUGUCGAUUCUUGCUCUAAUUGGGAAGGGAAUUCUGAUAGAACUGUUCCGGGAAAGAUUUCUCUCUGGGAGUCUGAAGGACAAGGCAAAGGACGUGGAAAUUAAGAACAGAAUCAUUAAUACCAUGCGGGAGUACUGCUAUGAAGAACAAAGUGAAGAAAUUGAGCAAAGACUUUCUUCUUGCUUCUUGGUGAGCUGCUUGAAUGGAGACGAAGAUGAUGCCAGCCAAAAUAAUAAUGAAGGCAUGGACUUCAUAAAGGGAGAUGUGGACAGUGUCAUAGGAGACGUAUUCACUAAAUCUAUCUUUGAGAAAAAUCAAAUGACACAGCAUGAGAUCCUGUCACUCGCCAGGGACGUAUUCACAAAGUGCUCAAAGAACCAGAAGUACAUCACAUUCAAUGACUUCUGCGAAAUAUUCCCAAGCUCUCAGGCAGCCAUCCAAGCAUUCCUGUACUUUGACAUCUCAGAUGAUAAAAAUAUCUCAAGGAAGGAGAUACGUGAUACACUCGGUAUGUUCCACUACAACAGAAAGAACCUUCAGACAAGUUUCCACAGUUUAAAUAACUUCAUUGUAGUACUUGAUAACUUAGCCUUAAUUGUCACAAUAAUCCCACUUAUUGUGCUAUAUUUAAUUGUGCUUGGUUUCCCUGUUAAGCAGCUCCUUGCAUUCUCACUGAGCAGUGCCCUUAUCCUGAACUUCUUCAUUAGUGGAGUUGCAAAGGACUUCUGGCUGAAUACGUCCUUUGUCAUCACGCACCCAUACGACAUAGGAGAUGACGUGAUAAUUGAUGGAAAGGACUACGUUAUUUAUAGGACAAGUCUCUAUAAGACGGAAGUACUUGCAAUUGACGGAGGAAAGAUCUCUUUCCUGAACAAGGCCCUGUGGAAUAAGAGCAUCAUAAAUAUGACACGUGCCCCGCAUAAACUCAUCCAUAUAACAUUCAGUCUGACCCCACUUAUAUCCAAAGAGAAGUUCAAGGUCAUGAAGAAGCACAUCCUGCAGUAUCUUAGGGCAAAGAAUGACAUAUUCUACGAGACAUUCACAAUUCAGUCAGAGACAGAGACAGUCUGCAAGAUACAAGGGCAUACAUGUGUGCUUGUCACUAGAUGCAGAUCACUUGGUAGUAAAAUGGCUAAAUUAGAGCAGAAAAUAGAGCUAGUAAGAUAUCUGAAGGAACUGCUGAAGGAGCUUAAAGUAGAAGGGCCUGCGCCAAAGGCAAAAGAGAAGAAGAAAUAG